UCGGCGGUGCCCUCUCGAGCGGCGGCCGUGUCCCCGCGGCGCCGGGCUGCCGAGCGAAGGAGCGGCGGUCGUGGCUGUUGCAUGUGUGGCUGCUGGAUGCGGAGGCGGCGGCGGCGGCGGCGGCGAGGAGCAGCAGUGGCGGCAGGAUGUUAGGGCAGCAGCAGCAGCAGCAGCUGUACUCGUCGGCCGCGCUCCUGACCGGAGAGCGGAGCCGGCUGCUCACCUGCUACGUGCAGGACUACCUGGAGUGUGUGGAGUCGCUGCCCCACGACAUGCAGAGGAACGUGUCGGUGCUGCGGGAGCUGGACAACAAAUACCAAGAAACUUUAAAGGAAAUUGAUGAUGUCUAUGAGAAGUAUAAGAAAGAAGACGAUUCAAACCAGAAAAAACGCCUACAGCAACAUUUGCAGAGAGCGUUAAUCAAUAGCCAAGAAUUGGGAGAUGAAAAAAUUCAGAUUGUCACACAGAUGCUCGAAUUGGUGGAAAAUCGGGCAAGACAAAUGGAGCUGCAUUCACAGUGUUUCCAAGACCCCGCCGAAAGUGAACCAGCCUCAGACAGAGCCAGGGUGGAUUCCAGUCAGCCCGAAAGAUCUUCUAGAAGACCUCGAAGACAGCGAACCAGUGAGAGCCGAGAUUUAUGUCACAUGACAAAUGGGAUUGAAGACUGUGAUGAUCAGCCACCAAAAGAAAAGAAAUCCAAAUCCGCUAAGAAAAAGAAACGCUCCAAGGCCAAGCAGGAAAGGGAAGCCUCGCCUGUUGAGUUUGCAAUAGAUCCCAAUGAACCAACCUACUGCUUAUGUAACCAAGUGUCUUACGGGGAAAUGAUAGGCUGUGACAAUGAACAGUGUCCCAUUGAAUGGUUUCACUUUUCAUGUGUUUCACUCACCUACAAACCAAAGGGGAAGUGGUAUUGCCCAAAGUGCAGGGGAGACAAUGAGAAAACAAUGGACAAAAGUACUGAAAAGACAAAAAAGGAGAGAAGAGCGAGGUAGUGAAGCCAUCCAUGUUUUAAAAGGGUUGUUUGUCUUUUAUAUAACUGGUUUACUUUCAGAAAAUGUUUUAGGGUAAAUGCAUAAGACUAUGCAAUAAUUUUUAAUCAUUAGUAUUAAUGGUGUAUUAAAAGUUCUUGUACUUUG